GUGGCCAAUAAGUGGAACGACACUCCCCUCAUUUCUUACAGGAGCAUCGCUGUUGUUGAGUGCGAGAUAUUGGGAGAACAUCUGCUUCCCUUUUUUUUUCCAUUCAUUUCUUCCGUUUUCUCUCAAUCUCUUUCAGCUCUCAUGGCGACUUCUGAAAACUCUCGACACUCUCUGAUCCCUUGCUUCCUAUACUCCUCCUCCUCGAAGAAGAGCCUUAUUCUUGAGAAAAUGGCGGCUUCUCCAUCACCUGCAAAUGGAGGAGUACCCAAGAGCUUCUUCGUUCCUGCUCCAAGCGAGCCGGGAAAGAUCGAGAUGUACUCUCCGGCGUUCUAUGCUGCUUGUACCGCCGGUGGAAUCCUAAGUUGCGGCCUGACUCACAUGGCCGUCACUCCUCUUGACCUCGUCAAAUGUAAUAUGCAGAUUGACCCUGCAAAGUACAAGAGCAUUUCGUCUGGAUUUGGAGUUUUGCUGAAGGAGCAGGGAGUUAGGGGAUUUUUCAGGGGUUGGGUGCCUACCCUGCUUGGUUACAGUGCACAGGGUGCUUGCAAGUUUGGAUUCUAUGAAUUCUUCAAGAAGUAUUACUCUGACAUUGCUGGGCCAGAGUAUGCUGCCAAGUACAAGACCUUGAUCUACCUUGCUGGUUCUGCAUCUGCUGAGGUAAUUGCAGAUGUUGCUCUUUGCCCCAUGGAGGCAGUGAAGGUCCGGGUUCAAACUCAGCCUGGUUUUGCUAGAGGUCUGUCAGAUGGAUUUCCCAAGUUUGUUAAAUCCGAAGGUGCUUUGGGAUUGUACAAGGGCAUUGUUCCUCUCUGGGGACGUCAGAUUCCAUAUACAAUGAUGAAAUUUGCUUCUUUUGAGACUAUUGUUGAGAUGCUUUACAAGUAUGCCAUUCCUACUCCAAAGGACCAGUGCAGCAAAACUCUGCAGCUUGGUGUGAGCUUUGCUGGUGGAUAUGUGGCUGGUGUUUUCUGUGCUAUUGUUUCUCAUCCAGCUGACAACCUUGUCUCCUUCCUCAACAAUGCUAAGGGCGCAACAGUUGGUGAUGCUGUGAAGAACCUUGGAUUGUGGGGUCUCUUCACCCGGGGGCUUCCCCUGCGUAUUGUCAUGAUUGGAACUCUCACCGGAGCACAGUGGGGGCUAUAUGAUGCUUUCAAAGUUUUCGUAGGACUGCCAACCACUGGUGGUAUUGCUCCUGCUCCUCCUGCUCCUGCUCCAACGACUUCUGAGCUUGCAAAGGCCUAGAAUGUUGAAUGAUCGAUAUACAGAGUUUAGAUGAAUGAUAAAACUGGGAAAACGUCUUAAUAGGGAUCAAUAAGGGUAGGAUUCCUGAAGCUGCGAGUGGGAAAUAUUCUUUUGCAUUUGAAACUUGCGUCAAUUUUCCUUGUUCACCUUUUUUUUGGGGUUGGGGGUUGUUUGAUGGUGGGGGUUAAGAUUGGUAUCGGUCUUGUCCAUCGAGUUCUUGAAAACUUCAGUGUGUUAGACGAAAAAUCUCACUUUGAUAUUAGGAUUAUGGACAGCAAAGAAUAAUGAGCAUCUGCUGACAUCGAACAGUUGGCGUGUGCAGAGAUGGCAAUGCUAAGGCGUGGAAAAUUAUGCCUGUUUUCAUGGUUCAUAAUCACUAUCAUGUCAGAUGUCUUCGCAAACCAUUUUUUUUUUUCUGCUGGGUAUGUUAGUGCAUUUUUUACCUAUUUGAAAAGGGCUUGGCAUGAAUUUUAUAUGUUGUAAUCUGUUUUACCUGA